GGUUCUUUCCUUGAGUGACUGAUAUCACGUCUCCACAGGCGGCAAACGUUUCGUCCUCCAUACAAACCCUGCAUAAAUGAGCGUCAGAAGUAGAGAGAGAGAGUGUGAUGGCCCGCUGGAAUGUGACGUUCGCUCGUCUGGAUCAGUCCCUGUCUUCAUUGAAAAAUCUGCUGCAGGUCAAGGUGACUCGCUCAGGCAGAGCACCGCAAAACUCCACUGUCCAGCCAUUCAAUAAGAUCCCUGGACGAUGGAGGAACAGCCUGCUCAGUGUCCUUGCCUUCACCAAAAUGGGAGGCCUCAGGAAUGUCCACCGAAUUAUGGUGCACAAUUUCAAAACAUUUGGUCCAAUUUACAGGGAAAAAGUUGGAAUCUACGAUAGUGUGUACAUCAUAAAGCCUGAAGACGGUGCUAUCCUGUUCAAAGCUGAGGGCCAUCACCCCAAUAGAAUCAAUGUAGACGCGUGGACCGCCUACAGGGACUACAGGAACCAAAAAUAUGGCGUCCUGCUAAAAGAAGGGAAGGCCUGGAAGACUGAUAGGAUGAUUCUAAACAAGGAACUGCUUUUGCCGAAGUUGCAGGGGACCUUUGUGCCUCUCCUGGAGGAGGUCGGGCAGGACUUUGUGGCUCGUGUCAACAAACAGAUUGAGAGGAGUGGGCAAAAACAGUGGACCACAGAUCUGACCCAUGACCUCUUCAAGUUUUCACUGGAAUCGGUGAGUGCUGUGUUGUAUGGGGAGCGUUUGGGUCUUCUGUUGGACAACAUUGAUCCAGAAUUUCAGCACUUCAUUGACUGCGUCUCAGUCAUGUUUAAGACCACCUCACCCAUGCUGUACCUACCCCCGGGCCUGCUUCGGUCCAUAGGGUCCAACAUUUGGAAAAACCACGUUGAAGCCUGGGAUGGCAUCUUUAACCAGGCUGACCGAUAUAUCCAGAAUAUCUUCAAACAAUGGAAAGAAAAUCCAGAAGGCAAUGGGAAGUAUCCUGGUGUACUGGCAAUCCUUCUAAUGCAGGACAAACUGUCCAUCGAGGAUAUAAAGGCCAGUGUCACCGAGCUGAUGGCUGGAGGGGUGGACUCGGUUACUUUCACACUGCUGUGGACGCUUUAUGAACUGGCUCGACAGCCAGACCUACAGGACGAGCUCCGAGCAGAAAUCUCAGCCGCUCGUAUUGCCUUUAAAGGAGACAUGGUACAGAUGGUCAAGAUGAUUCCUUUGCUUAAAGCAGCCCUGAAAGAAACUCUCAGAUUACAUCCUGUAGCAAUGAGUCUUCCAAGGUUCAUCACUGAAGAUACGGUCAUACAAAAUUACCACAUUCCAGCAGGGACUUUAGUUCAGCUGGGUGUCUAUGCUAUGGGUCGUGAUCAUCAGUUCUUCCCGAAACCAGAGCAAUACUGUCCCUCUCGCUGGAUCAGUUCUAAGAGACAGUACUUCAAGAGCCUGGGCUUCGGCUUUGGUCCCCGCCAGUGUCUGGGUCGCAGGAUUGCCGAGACUGAAAUGCAGAUCUUCCUAAUUCAUAUGCUGGAGAAUUUCAGGAUUGAGAAGCAGAAGCAGAUUGAGGUCAGGAGCAAGUUUGAGCUCCUUUUAAUGCCAGAGAAGCCCAUCAUGCUUACCAUCAAACCACUGAAUGCCAGCAGAUAGCAGAGAUGCAAACAGGAAAUGACGUCAAGUAUGGAAGCUUUGAGGGUGGCAAAUAUCCACUUUUGAGUUUUAGAGAUUUGAAUGUACAGUAUGUUUCUUAUCAUUUAAAGAGAUACUUUAGUGUUUACUCACCCUCACAUAAUACCAAAACCGUUCAACUUUCUGUUGAAUCUAUUCAAACAACAUCUGAAAUUAAUUUAUCUGUUUUAAAAUAUCUAUUGGUGUCAUCCACAGAAAAAAAGGCGAGUAAAUAAUGAAAAAUAUAGUCUAAGAGUUUAAAGCAACACUUUGUCUUAAGGUGUCCUUAUUUAUUUAAUCCAUAUGUAUAUCCCUGUUAAUAUGCCUGGAUCUGUUAUUGUGUGUGAGUUGGGCACUAUAAUAUGAGACCAUGAUCCUUUUAAAUGUAAAUUUGAUAUUCUAUUAUGCUGGGAUAUAUUGUGUUAUGAAUAACAUUUCAGUGAUUUGCAAUUUCAAUUAUUUUAUUCUUUGUUGUUCUAAUAAAUCUUGCAUAUUUUUAUCUGUGAAUCAAUAAAUUGAAAUCUCAUCUA